CGCGCGGGAAACGCGAACAUGGCGGCGGGGAGCGAGCGCUGGUCUGGGAUUCCUGCCCCGGCUCUCCUGGAAUCCCACUGACCUGCCUUCCUUGGACAUUCCCUGCGGGAUCCCCUGUCCGGAGCCGCGUGGUUUGAUCCCCGCCGGGGGAAUCCCACCAUGGAGGAGGUGGAGUCGCGAUUCCUGCACCUGCUGCAGCCCAUCCGGGACCUCACCAAGAACUGGGAGGUGGACGUGGCCGCCCAGCUCGGGGAGUACCUGGAGGAGCUGGAUCAGAUCUGCAUCUCCUUCGACAACGGGAGGACCACCAUGAAUUUCACGGAGGCGGCGCUGCUGAUCCAGGGCUCUGCCUGCAUCUACAGCAGGAAGGUGGAGUACCUGUACAUGCUUGUCUGCCAGGCACUUGACUGCAUCUCCAAUAAAAAGAGGGAGAAGCUGCCCACCUCCCUGAGACCCGACGGCCGGGAUGACGAUGCCACCUUCACAGACAUGCAGGAGCAGUUCUUGUCCCUGGAUGACAUCAAGGACACCAGCCAGGCCAGCGUGGACAUGAGCAGGAAUCAGCAGCCCAGUGCUGUGAACGUCGUUCCCUUGACCCCGAUGUCUCUGGUCCCCCCGGAAGAGAUGGAGAAGAAGGAAAACCCCCUGUUGAGCCGGAAAGGGGAGGUCCUGGCGAGCCGGAAGGAUUUCCGGAUGAACACCUGCACCCCCCAUGCCACGGGAGCAUUCCUGCUGGAGCUGGCAGGGCUCUCCCCCACACACCUGCAGGAGCAGCGCCUGGGGAGCCCCAGGAGAGACACAGGUACCUGGGGGGGCUCCAGGGGGGUGUCUGUGGGGGGCCACUCACCUCUCACUGUCACCUGCCACUGUGCCCUGGCAGGAGCUCCGGGAUCUGCUCCUGGUGUGGAGCAUCCAAGUGCCAGUGUGGCUCCAGUCCGGGCACUUAGCUUCUCUGAGGAGGCAGGUGCUGCAGGACCAGAUGAUGACAACGACAUUCCCGGGGCCCUGGGGGACGACGUGGAAAUGACUCUGGCCCCGAAUGAACACAUUGAGGCACAGAGGAGCUCACCCCGGACACGGGGAUACGUCCUGCGGGAGAAACUCCCCAGCCAGGACCCCAGAGCCCACAGCAAGGAGGUGCCAGAUCCGUGGCAGAGCCUCGACCCCUUCGGAGACUCCGAGGAGAAGCCGUUUAGGAAAGGGAGGCCCUUCCUGAUGUCACACAGCCUGGACGACGUGGUGGGAGGCAAGAGGAAGAGGAGGGGCCCAAGGAAGCUCCAGGACUUCAUGAGAUGGUUCUCUGCAGCCUACAACAACGUCACAGACAGCCGGAAAACCAGGAGGAAAGGCCCCACCUUCGCAGACCUGGAAGUGCUGUACUGGCGGCAGCUGAAGGAGCGGCUGGCGGCACAGAGGAAGCUCAAGAGCCAGGGGGAGCCGCUGUGGGAGCCGGAGCUGGAGCAGGAGCAUGGGGCUGACUGCGAACAAGGGGCAGCAGAUGACGAUUUUGUGGAGCACGAGGAUGUGGAGCAGGAGGAUGUGGAGCCCGAGGUGCCAGAGGAGCUGGGAGAAGGAUCCCUGGACCCCCCGGAGCUGGGAUAUGAGGAGCUGGUGCGCAGGAACGUGGAGCUGUUCAUGGCCAGCUCCCAGAAGUUUGCACAGGAGACGGAGCUGUCCCAGCACAUCCGGCGCUGGGAGGAGCGGAUAGAGCCACUGCUGCAGGAGCAGGAGGCCCGGGCACCCUUUGACAUGCGCGAGUACGGGCUGGCCCUGACGGGGCGCUGCGGGGGGCUGGGGCAGUGGCACUCCCUCGCCAGCCUGGUGGCCGGGCAGCCCCCCUUCGAGGUGUGCCGGUACCUGCUGGCCUCGCUGCAGCUGGCCAACGACGGGGUGGUGGAGCUGGAGCAGGACGAGGGGCUGGAGGCGGCGCUGGACACGGCGCGGCUGCGGCUGCUCACCCUGCGCCCCGCCCACGAGAGGUUCCAGGGCUUCCAGCCCCCCUCCCUCAGGGACCCCCACCCCAAAUAAACCCCCCGUGUGCAGGAGC